AGCGACUACGACGGGGUGUUCGGCUGCUUUCUGGUUGCUGCUGCGAGUCUGGUGGACCGGUGUCGAACAGAUCGCCGUCUGGAUCCAUGUGCGUCACAGAGAUGUAUGGACCCGUCUGCUGAGGAUAAUGGUGGCCAGAAAGAGGAGUAUCCUCAGCCAGGAUCUUUCAUCACCUUCUGAUGUCAUUCGCAACUUACGGCUUGCCUCAGGUUAUGUCUCCAUGAUGUCCAUAAGAGUGAGCCGUUCGCUGUGCAGACUGUUGAUUCAGCUGGAGCCUCCUGAAUGCCUGACAGCCAACUGACAUCCUCUGUCACUGGGCGCCGGUGCGCAAUCAUGACUCAAUAAGCCCAGGAAAUCAGGGGAGAGCAAGAGAGUGAAAACACACAUCAGGGCCAAGCAGAGCGGAGAGCAGCGGAGCAGAGGUUAGCCGGCCUCGGGGGUUUGAGGGCUCUGGCGCUGCAGCUUCGAGUUACAUCCAUCUUGUUCCAGGACCUCCCUGGAGAGUACAGUAUGUGUGAACAUGAGAAACCCUUUGGGUGCCCUUCUCCUCUGCCAGGAAACGUUCCCAUGGUACUUCAUCUCCUCAUUUGGUCCCUGCUCACGCAGGCCGGAUUAUGGAUGGAGACUAGAAUACUUAUAAGGCCAAGUUCACUGCUGCACCACAGACAGAGCUGGGCUACGUAUCCCUCUGUUUCUCCACCAAUACUGAGUGUCAAAGCAACAAAAUAAAAGCCACAGUAAACUGCCUUAGAGUAUUCCCAGUCCAAAUAGCUUUUAUUCGUGUCAAACUUAUUGUUGAGGAUCGGCAGAAGGGAGCAGAGCGACCUCCAUCAACACUAAUGAUGACAAAUGAGCAGGCCGAUGAAAUUUCAUGAUGAUCUCAUUGCGAUGUGAAAACAAGAGAGAGGAGUUUAUGUGCAGCGUGUUUAUGAGACUUUAGAGGAAACAGUGAUUACAAAUGAAUAUACCCGACUUAUUGUCCGCAGCCUUCCUUGAAAACAAUAUGGUGAAAAAGUUGUCAUAUACCCCGUUUGUGAACGAGGUGAAAAUGACAUCUGGUUGUGAUGCAAUGCGCAUUUUCUCAAGCAAAUAAAAGUGGAAGGAGGAAGGCUGUGGAGGCAAUAGCAAAUCCACAUUCUCAUAAAGGGGCCUCAAAAGAUUAAUUUCAGUAGUCUCUGUUUAGAUCAUUAAACAUACUGAAGUCCUUGUGCUGUACCCUGGUGGUUGGUAGCCAGCGGGUCCACCCUGCCGCUGUAGGAACACUAACACGCCAGCUCACACCACAUCGUCCUCUCGUUCUCAAGUUUAAAAGUAGCACUGGUUUCCCAAAUCCUCUUGGCACCUUUUUUACUGUAAAUGUUAGUUUAUUGAUGGUAAAUUCAUCCCAAGACCCCUUUUUAAACAGGAAAAGGAGCCCAUAUUCUCCAGCGGAUAAAUGGAAUUAGACUUUUAUACUGUGUUGUUGUUGUACUCGUUAGAAUUAGCAUGAUCACUGGCUCAAAUGCUAACCGCUCACAGAGAUGCCGGUUAAUGCACUCUCCUUUGCUCUCUAUAAAAUGAUAGAAAAGUACUUUCUAUAUAAAUCUGACUUGAUUUGACUUGACUAUUCUUGACCAAACUCCUCUGGGCCUUAAGCUGGUUGAAAGCCAUCGGCUCAUGUUGGUGUUCACUGUGUCACAACAAUACAUGUAAGAUGUGCCCGGUUGAAUUUCAUCAAACUUCCAGAAGCACAUGUUCAUACGUGGAAAAGAAGGAUUGUGUAUAUAUGCUGAUUAAAUGUCUGACUAACAGAGAGACUGAUAGGUCAUGACCUUUUGGGAUUUUGACAUGAACCUGCCUCACUUCUCAUAGCCCAAGUCGCCAAAUGGACAGUAAAUACACUGUUUACACUCUGCAAUUACACACAAAUGACAUAACUGACUCUAAUACUGUUUUAAACAUAUUUAAAUCUGCUAUAAUAGAUUAUUUGGGGCACUUGAGGGCAACACAAUACACAAGUAAACACAGCAUCGACAGUUAUCACUUAGUAAAGUUGAUAUGGUGAAUGUGCUAGCUAACAGUUGCCUGUUUACACAUCCAGCAGAGACAGAGCAACAUUAGCAUUGAUGCGGAGUCAUGUUUGUAACCAUCUAGCCAACGUAAGUCCAACAUUCACUCUCUUUUUAGCUCUGUGUGGAAUAUCUGACUCUUUAGCUGCUAAAUGCACCACUAUGUUGACCAGCUAGUUGCUAACUUUAGCUGUUUGCCUUUUGGUGCUGGUCAGGUAGUGUUCAGUGGGUUUUUCGAGUUUUUUUUGGUUUGUUUUCACUGGAAACAGCUGCAUUCUGUGGCUAAAAAUGACGCUGGCGAGAGAAGUGGUAGGGAACCAAAACAGUAAAGUUGCAGCCGGAAAAAACCAAAACAAAGGAAUGCUGAGGUGAGCUGCAGAUUCAGGUGAUUCUCUUUGGGUUUGUCACAGUAAGCAUCACCUAUACUCAUUUGAUUAAUUGUUUAAAUAAAAGGUUAGAUUAGAGCAGCUUUAAAUUUGACUGUUUUAGGCAACAAAUAUAAGAUAGCAGGAUUUAGUAUUUCUACCCUGACACAUAUAACCAGGCAGGCUUUGACUAACUUUACAGACAAUACAGUUAGACAGUUAAACGAAUUAAUAAAAUGAAAACUGGAAAUAUAAUCAGAGACGGAGUAUUUGGCUACAGGGAUUUAGAUUUAUGACCUCAGUAUUUGUAAAAUCCUGGCUACAACCUAUCAGUACAGGCCUAACAGGUUCACAUAAAAACAAUGACAUAUACAAAAUAUAUAAAAACACCAUUGCUCUUUAGGUGCAAUUUCAAAUAAUUUAACAUGACAUCAACUGUGAAGUGAAAAGUGUAUUUUUACUUCGUUUGCAAUUAUAUAUGACACUGUUAUACAAAAGAAAACCUUUACAUGCAGACUUGAUGAUAUUUACACAUAGAAAACGGAAAAUUUGACAGAAACAGAAAACAAUAAGUGCACAAAGAGCAUGUGGUUUAAGUUCACAUGUAGGUUUUUGUGCAGACAUUUCAACCUCAGCUGCCUUCCUUCAGGGGAAAACACAGAGGGAGCGUUACGGUAUCAUUUUACUUUUUCACACCCUACAGAUAACACUAUUAUUAAUGAUUGCACCAUGAAACCCAAAACCACCUGCCAGAUUUGCUAAAGCCAAAACAACAGUUCUCACCUUCUUUUUGCACAGCUAUAUCAGCGACGAGAUGGGAACUCCAUAAAAGCAGAAUAAGUUGAAAUGCCGAGAGCCUUUCUCUCAAAAGUCAUGGAGUAAUAAUGAGAGUCUGUCAUCCUGCUGUACCCUGGCCUCUUCAAGUGGAGCAGGCUCCAUUAAAGAUGGAUCACUUCAAAUUGUGAUGUCAGCUACACCGGGUGACUUUCCUAUUGGCUUCCCAGGGGUCAGCUGGCGGGAAGAUCCUCCUCUGCACUUACAGCCACGAGAAACCUGAGUAACAACAAGAUCUCCCUGCUGAGGAAUGGCUCCUUCUAUGGAUUGGCUGCCCUGGAAAAACUGGAUCUGUCCAAUAACAGGAUUGGUUGUCUCUCCCCUGAAAUGUUUCUAGAUCUGGGCAACCUCUUAAAAUUAAAUUUAUCUGGGAACAUCUUCUCCACUCUGACAAUGGGACUGUUCACACACCUCUUGGUUCUCAAAGUGCUGCACUUGAGCACCGAGACUUUGUUCUGUGACUGUCAGCUGAAGUGGCUGCUCCUCUGGGCCCGGAGCAACUCGGUGAAAAUUGGCAACGACACGGUGUGUGUGUUUCCCACCCACCUCCACGGCCUGGAGUUUCGCAACCUACGUGAACAGCAGCUCAGAUGUGAUGGACCUCUGGAGAUGCCCCUGUUCCAGCUGAUCCCCUCCCAGAGGCAGCUGGUUUUUCAGGGAGACCGUCUUCCCCUCCAGUGCACCGCCACCUACCUGGACCCGUCGGUGGAGCUGCGGUGGCAUCACAACGGCCACGUCGUGACCACGCAGGAGGAACGGGGCGUCUAUGUGGAGGAAACCCUGCUUCACGACUGCUGCCUGAUGACCAGCGAAGUCAUCCUCUCCAACAUCGACGUGGGCAUCGCGGGCAUCUGGGAGUGCCUGGUGACCAGUUCCCGUGGCAACAGUUCCCGGCAGAUGGAGAUAGUUGUUCUGGAGACGUCGGCACCGUACUGCCCCACUGACAGAGUCACCAACAACAAAGGGGACUUCAGAUGGCCAAAGACUCUAGCUGGCAUCCUGGCCUUCCUGCCCUGUGCUCCUGCCACCUUUGGCUCUGCCCCUCAUCCCUCUGGCAGCGCUCCUCACCCCUCCAGCCAGAGGGAGAAGAAGGCGUGGCGUCGCUGUGACCGGGCUGGACGGUGGGCCGAAGAGGACUAUACUCAGUGCCCGUAUGCCAGCGAACUGACCCGCGUGCUGCAUGAGCUCACUCAGAUAACCAUUAAUACCACCAAUGCUCAGCCUUUAGGCCAGCAGUUAGUGGCCUUCACCAGCAGGGCGGCUCACUUCACUGAUGUCAUGGAUGUCAUCUUUGUCACACACCUGGUGGAGAGACUGACGAGGCUGGUGGAGAAACGCAGAGAUCUGGGGGACUAUAUAUCAGACAUAGCCAGUAACAUGAUGCUGGUGGAGGAACAUAUACUGUGGAUGGCCCAGAACGAGGCCAGAGCGUGCACUCGGAUCGUCCAGUGUGUGGAGCGUAUCGCUGACCUGGCGCUGACCGGAGACAAUCAGGUCAUUUCUAAGGUGUCUGCUAACAUAGCUCUGGAGGCCUUCCUGAUCCAACCCUCUAACUUUCUCGGUCUGUCCUGCACGGCGCUCCAACGGCCCCCCUUGUCUGCCACAUCGCCCCUCCCUGACAGCCACUCACACACUGACAAGGACAUGAGCAGAGAGCGUGAUGCCGUCGGGGAAUCGUUACUCAACUUCAAAUGUCACACUGUCAACAGCAGCGGCUCACCGGCCAGUCAGCUCAGCAAGAACUCAGUGGCAGUCGCCUCAAUCCAUUUACCGCUGGCUGGUACGCCUAUCUCCUCCUCUGCGUUGCAAUCUGUUGAUAACUCCACUUGCAAGCUGCAGUUCAUUGUGUUUCGCAAUGGGAAACUCUUUCCUUGUACGGGGAAUUCGUCAAAUCUCGCAGAUGAUGGGAAGCGUAGGAGCGUUUCAACACCAGUUGCUUUCACCAAAUUAGAUGGGUGCAGCCUCGGGAGCGCCGUGCACUCCGUUACUAUUGCUCUCAGGCACUUCGCACUGGGUGUAGACCCCACCGCAGCCUAUUGGGAUUUUGACCUGCUGGAUGGACACGGUGGCUGGAGGGCAGAGGGCUGUCACAUAACAGGCUCCGGGGGCAACACGACCACUAUUCAUUGCACCCAUCAUAAUAACUUUGCUGUGCUAAUGGAUCUGAAGAAGGUGCUGUCUUUCCCCCCAUACCCUGGGGAGUUUUUGCACCCGGUCGUGUAUGCCUGCACGGCAGUCAUGUUGCUCUGCCUCUUCGCCUCCAUCAUCACCUACAUAGUGCACCACAGUGCAAUCCGCAUCAGUCGGAAGGGAUGGCAUAUGCUUCUCAACUUCUGUUUCCACACGGCUCUGACCUUCGCUGUGUUUGCCGGCGGCAUCAAUCGAAUCAAAUACCCCAUCAUCUGUCAAGCAGUCGGGGUCGUGCUGCACUACUCGUCUCUGUCGACCAUGCUGUGGCUCGGGGUGACGGCGAGGAACAUUUAUAAACAGGUGACCAAGAAGCCUCCGCAGAGCCAGGAUGGUGACCCGCCUCCGCCCCCUAAACAGCCCCUGCUGAGAUUUUAUUUAGUCAGUGGUGGAGUGCCCCUCAUCAUCUGUGGGGUCACGGCAGCCGUCAAUAUAGACAACUAUGGCAGCGGGGAGCAAGCACCAUACUGCUGGAUGGCAUGGGAGCCCAGCCUGGGAGCCUUCUAUGGCCCUGUGGCCUUCAUCGUCCUGGUGACCUGCAUCUACUUCCUUUGUACCUUCAUCCAGCUGCGGCGCCACCCGGAAAAGAAGUAUGAGCUCAAGCAGCUGACAGAGGAGCAGCAGAGGCUGGCCUCCGUCGACAUGCCGACCCACUGCCACCAGGGAGCUGAGCCUGGGGCCCUGGGAGCCCAACCCAGCGGGAGCCACUGCCCUGCUGGCUGCCCAGGCGUCCCCAUCAACCCCGCUCUGCUGGCUAAUGAGCACUCAUUCAAGGCUCAGUUACGCACGGCGGCCUUCACACUUUUCCUUUUCCUGGCCACCUGGACUUUCGGGGCUCUGGCUGUGUCUCAGGGCCACUUCCUGGACAUGAUCUUCAGCUGCCUGUACGGUGCCUUCUCUGUCACUCUUGGCCUCUUCAUCCUCAUCCAUCACUGUGCCAAGCGUGAUGAUGUCUGGCAUUGCUGGUGCUCAUGUUGUCCCGGACGGCGCGCCAAUGCCUGCUCGGGCGCCCAUGGGCCUGCUCAAGCACGACCCAAGGUUAACGUGAAUGGAGAUACCCCCGGGCACGGCCAUGGUCACAGCCACUGCCACCAUGACUCACCAUGUCAGGGUAAAGCGCUGAUGAGCUGCAGUCAUAGCAGUUUAGGUCACUGUAAACACGCCGCCCUCCCGUCCUCGCAAAAUCACGUGACAUGUCUGGCACCGGUGACGCCUUGUUGCGCCGCCCUGCAUAGCCAGCAGCUGAUGGAAGAGGAGCCCGCGGCUACACACGUGCUGCUGCAUGCUGACCCAGAGGGUUACCGGCCGGGGAUCCAGUUGCACCCCUGCCUGAAGAGCAGCACCAGGACUAAAGGCCGCCAACUCAGCCGCCGGGCUGGGGCCGGUGCUUGCGGAGCGGGGAGUGAGAGGGAGUACGCCUAUCACAUCCCCUCCAGUGUGGAUGGAGGCAGCGUGCACAGCUCACACACUGACAGCCCUCACAGCACACAUGGGCGUCACACCCACAUCUGUCCACAUCUGGCCCACGAGGGCCACCAUGAUGGGCAUCACACAUGCCACGCUGCUGCAGCCACCACGCACGAGGCCCUGGCAUGCCAUAAUCCCUGCCACCGGCAUAUCUGCUGUGCCAAGGCAGACCUUUUCCCCUCUAUGUGCCCAGCAGAGGCAGGCGACACGGGCGUCUUCCUGUGUGGCUGCGGCAAAGUGGCCGAGGAGGACCCGAUGGCGACACAUCACCAUCUGGAGAUGCACGCCCAGCGCAGACAAUCCUAUCCCCAGAACCCACCCAAUCAGAAUGGGAUUCUAAAGGGGGGGCUGCAUGAAGGACUCCUGUACUCCUCGGACAGCACAGGGAAUAUACGCACUGGACCCUGGAAGAAUGAAACUACUGUGUAGUCUGUGAGGGGAAAAACAGGGGAGAUAGGCAGCACCCCUUCCUCGUCCCGCCAAAAAUAAACCCUCGCCUCCCUUUCUAGAAUUAAAAAAAAAAAAAAAAAUGAAUUGAAUAACAUUUUAAACAUCACAAUCAGCGUGGGAUAUUUUUAUUUGAAUGUCCUCAUGUUUUUAUGUGUGCUGUUUUACUGUGCAGAAAUCUGAUAUCAUGUAAAAUGCUCCCUGAAGAGCAUCCAUACACAGAACAGAAUCUCUUCCAUCAAGAAGAAUUUGUGAAAUGUGUGUCACAUCAUGCCAUCAGAUGUAAUUGAAGGUAUUUUCACUGUUCCAUAUUACUACAGAUCUCUCUCUAUAUAUAUACAAGAAAAUGAAUGGUUGUAUGUAUGAAUAUGUGUGUUAGUGCUCAAAGGCAACACGCUGCAAGAUUUUUUUACACUUGGAGUCUGAAUCCAUCAAAUAGUCUACAAUGACAGUGAACCUCCAGUACUUUAAAGAACUCUUGGCAUCCAUGUUUUAGACGACACUAAACCAGCAAUUUUAGACUUCAUGGGUAUUUUUGCCAUUCAGUCAAGCAACUGUGAAUAUCUACUAGAGAUUUUCUAAAUAACACACAGAGAUACUGUCGCUUGCCAGAGACAUGUGGAUGCCAGUUAAGCUAUGAAAAUUCAAAGCAACAGAAAAAGAGAAGCGAAAUUAAGCGUUCCUUUUCCAGGUUGAUAUUGAUCGUGCUGUCUGUAUGAUGUCUUCAUUGUUGUGUUUCUUUUUUCUGGAGAGAAGUAAAUAACAGCAGCAUCAACAGCAACAGUGUGGCCAUUGUGAAUAGAAAGUGGUGUCAUCCAGUACGGUUUUAUUAACACUGUGCCACACAGAACCAGGUCCUCACAGCGAGUUCAUUGCCAAAUUAAUGUCCCGGGUUUUUUUUUGGGUUUUUUUUACCCUUUUCAACUCAGCUCGCACAUGCCAUCAGAUAUUAAAAAAAAAUCAGCAGAAAAUCAAAGUCUUUGUAAAAUCAGACACUCUAAUGUUUUGCGGGGGGAAAAGGAGUGUGAAUGUGAGUAUAAAAGAAAGAACAAGCUGCUUAAACUACCUGCCUGUGACUAAUGUCCUGUUAUUUUCCCUUUUAAUGAAAAGUAAUAAAACAUUUUAGCCAACUUCACCCACUGUCAGCUGAAGCCACAAAAUGACACAUGGCAGAAAUCAGAGCAAAUGCAACCCCCUUUGUUUUGUUUAUUUUUGAAUUUGUCUUAUUAAAACCCCAAAAACAUGCAUGCUUUGUUGUAUGUAGCUAAUAUGUGCUAUGUUUUAACAUUGUAAAUGAAUGCCCAUCCAUGAGCAUAUUAUUUGCCUUGACCCGAUAAAGACUGCUGCAGCUUGCCGUUUAUAAUUUUUGUCACAGUCUUGCAUUAAGGCUAGUUCAAACAAACAUCAUUUCCUAUUGGUGAUCUCUGUAUACCGAGACUUUAGGCCGAGGCUUACCCAAGAAUCCAGCACAGAAUUUCAUAAAGGUUCUGCUCUGGUUGAUAACUUGUGUCAGAGAGGCCAAGGUGGAAGUAUGGAUCUUUUUCUUUUUUUUUUUGUUGCCAUGAAGGUCACAUUCUCUGCCACUCAAAAGAGAUGGUAAAAGAGGCUGUGUAGUGAUUGUUUGUUUUAUGAAUGAUGAUAUUGAGUGUGAUACUCGAGACAAAACCAGUCAAACAUUUCAUCAGAAAAAGCCGGAGUUAAAAAAAAUAUCCAUCAACGCAGCGCAUAUAAUCUCACAGUAAACCCUGCUCUAGCAAAACCACCUCGGCAUGCACACCGUCUCUUUAUCCAUCUCGUGCACUCUUGUCUGUGUAUAUAGAACUGGUUUCUGAUGAAUUAUUUUAUAUGAGAUUUAAGAUAUUUAAGAAUAAAAUAAGUCUAUAUGUAAAGAAAGUUGUAUGGGGAAAAAAACUGACCUCUCAAUGUUAAUACUCAGUAUCUGAGUUUAGAAAUGUCCUUUUUGUUUUCAAAUGCCUUUUUUUUUUCUGUUGCAAUUUUAGUUGACUUUGACUUCAUAAAGUAUGCAGACUCGCCAUGUGUUGUGAGACUUAUCCUGUCAUAUCAGAAAUAGAAAUGCACUACCCAUAAUAAUGUUCGGCCUGCCAGAAUAGAAUUUGUCACUUACAGUAUGUUUAUUAUAGAAAUGUUUGUUCAGACAGAAAUAUUUCAAAUUAAAAAAAGUGACUUCUGCAGAGAAGAAAAAGAGAAAAAUUCAUGUGAUACUCCCUUUAUUUGGAUGUCAGGCUUUGAAUAGUGAAACGAAGCCCUGGUAGACAUCAAAGAUGAUGCAUGAAUCUCAAAGCUUUGCACAGGGUCACUGGAGUUAUUUCCAGGGUCUGGGACAAAAUGGGAUAUUAUGGGCCUAACCUCUGAGUUAUAAAACACUGAUCAUACAAUAUGAGCUCCUUUGAGCCGCUUGGAUGCCGGCAGUCGGUGACCCUGGCUUUAUAGUUAUUGGAAAGGGAUUUGUAACAGUAUCACAAGUUAUAACGACACAUUUAAAAUCAGCCUCUCCCUCUAAACCCACAGUAAACUGAGAGAACAUCGGUCUAGGUUAAUUGCUGUACAACAUGUGUAUUUGCUGGUGGUGUGUCUUAGGAGCAGCCUGAGCUUUUCAGUGUCUGUGAGACUAUGUGUUUGGUAUCAUAGGCCACCGUAGGCCAUCUUCUCUGUUGUCAUCAGUAGCAGAUGUAUUGCCCUAAAUGAGCUUGCUGGCUUAGUUUCGGCUCACCAGACGGCUGCUGGAAUAUUCACCUGUGGUACUGUGACAAAACCUAAAGCCAGUUUUCACUUUUUCUACAUUGACACAGAUUCCAAUAAAUGUAUUUUUUCACCAUGCAACGGA